UUAAGAACUGUCUUCAAUUAGACAGACUAGAUUCUAGAACACCAGAAAUGAUAACAUGAGGUGAACUGUAAUGAUGCAUCCUGUAAGUUUCCCAUGAUGUUUGUUUUGUUCCUAUUUGUGAUUCGCUUAAAACUUCUCAUCGACUGCAAUCAUUUGGUGAACUACUGAGCCAUGAGCCUUCCGACUCCACUUUCUCUUCUCAUACUGUUUGCAGCCACUGUCCACUGUGGUCAGGAGAGUCCUGUAUGUCCUCGCAAAGAAUCCAAUCCUGGAAUACUGGCCUUGAAGGUGGGGUCAGAGGUCAUCAUGGGCUGCAGGGGCGAUGUCACUGUGGAUACAGUACCAUUAGUGAAGAGUACAAAGCACAAAGAGAAAAUUGAAAAAAGAGAAGACGUAACAAGCUAUUGGACAAUUCAAAAAGCCAAAGAAAGUCCUGCUACUAUGGGGAUACACCAUCCAGAAACUCUGAACUCCGCCUCCACUGGAAAUUACAGACUGGAUGCUGUAACUGGAAUAUAUGCUAAAGUCAGUGAAUCUGUGAGCACUGCUAACCCGGUUAAAAGCUCAUCAAAGGAGCAAAUGGGAACUGGCCAAAUUUUGCAGGCUGUCAAUCAAACCUCUAAUCUCAAAAGUUUGGGUAGAGUCACAGAAGAAGGAGGGGCUUUUAGUGUAACCAUGGAAAUGGGGUUGAGCACUAAGAAGAGCACGGUCACAAAAUAUGAGGAGGAAGAUGAGGACUAUGAUGAGAGCAUGGAGGCAUUGAGAGUGACCAGGUCUAUUAAGAGGCAGGCACGAUGGGCUAAGAAUGGUAAACCCCUGCACGAUGGUGUGGAACAUGGUGGGGUUUUGAGACUUCCUGCUCUUCAGUUGACGGACUCUGGAAACUACAGCUGCUACAGGAGAGGCAAACUAGUCUCAUCGAUUAGAAUCAGCGUUGGCAUUCCUCCAGAGAGUCCUACUUUGUCAUGCUACAAGAAAUCGCACACCAGCAAAAUCCGGUGUGAGUGGAUAUCUAAAAAUCCCAUCAUUCCACACCCUCAGUGUUACCUGCUCCUAAAGAAAGGAUUGGACAAGGACACCCAUGUGAAAUGUUCGUACUCUUUUAACAAAUCCCGUUGCUGGUGCGCGUUUCCCAGUGAAGGGAUUGACAGAAACUCCUAUACAGCUAAACUAUGUGUGACUAACAUUGCAGGCAGUGCCAUCAGCUCGCCAUUCCACUACAUUCCUCAAAACAUCAUUAAACCAGACCCUCCAACUCGAGUUAUGGUAAAUCCAGUGGUCGGUGAGCCUAGCACGCUGAAGAUCUCCUGGUCUUUACCUGCCACCUGGAGGCAGAGCUUUUACUACACCCUUCAGUUUCAAAUCAGAUAUCGUCCAAUAGAUGCCAAAAAGUAUCAGCAGGUGGACACAGAUGAUACAGAGUUAUUAUGGCUGAUUUCAGAUGUUCUUUCACACAAGACAUACGAGAUUCAGAUACGAGCAAAAGAUGAGUAUGAUGGGCAAUGGAGUGACUGGACCAGUUCUGAGUAUGCACGCACAUGGACAGCUCCUAAAACCACUGCUGUUCCUGAUAUUAAUACCAGUAUGGAUCCACUAUGGACAUUUCCUGAAGGUUCUGGGGAGUCCGACAAUGAAGUGGACAUUAGACCUGCUCCUGACGGUGAUGCUGUAAAAUGGGUAUAUGUGCUGUGGGUGCUUGGAGUCAGUCUCUUUAUCACCAUUGUUAGUUUCUCUGCCUACUCCCUCAGACAACGAAUAGCAUUCAUGUCAAAAAAGAGAAAGCAGAGUAUCUCUUCGGACUACACUUGUUCUUCACCUGCCCCUCUCCUUCAGCAGCCCCUAAAAAGCCCUCAUCAGGAAGGGGAAGGCAUCCACUUGCACAAUGUGGACUACUUUUUUUCCUCUAUGUGAAUCUUCUCGGUCUUGAGCAACAAGCUGUUACAGUGCGAAGACCUAUUUCUCUGAAAACACACCCAGAACUUCUCAAUCUCUCCCUCUCCCUCACUCUCUCUCUCUCUCUCUCUCUCUCUCUCUCUCUCUUUCUCUCUAUUUUUCUCCCUCCAGCCAAUUUCCCUCCAGCCAUCUGCAUUUAGCUACAUUAUGCUGAGAUUCAGGCAACUGAACUGUUACUGUGGAUAAUUAUAAGUUUUAUGUAAAUAUGCAGCUGUUUUUUUUUCUUUUAAUAAUCAAUCUUUCCCUGAAUAACCCUAUUUAGUGUUUGUUCAUUUGUUCAAAAUGUUCACUCGUGGAUUUGAUGUGUUGGUUUACUAUUAAAGAUUGCUUAUUUUUGUGA